AUGGCGACUUACAUCGCCCUCGACCCCAACGCCUUCACACUCCUCGCCCAAGGUCAAGCUCCCGACAUCCUCUGGAUCGGUUGCGCAGACAGCCGCAUCCCGGAGACGACUGUAUGCCACUGCAAGCCAGGCGAGAUCUUCGUGCACCGCAAUAUAGCGAAUACGGUGCAUCCAGAUGAUCUAUCCGCGGCGAGUGUAGUGGAGUAUGCUGUUGUGCAUUUGGAAGUCAACAAGGUUGUUGUCUGCGGGCAUACGAAGUGCGGUGGGGCAAAUGCAGCGCUUGGAGACGAUGAUCUGGGGAAUGUUUUGAACAAGUGGCUGGGGCCUGUUCGAGAGUGA